AUGGUCAAGAGAUCUCACAACCAGCUCAAUGAAGAUGAAGCUCACAUGAGGUUCAUUGUAGCCUCUGAGCAGGCGGAGAAGCUCUUGAUCAAGAAACAACAGUCUCUUCGAGAGCUCUCAAAGUCUCUCUGCAUCAAAAUCAAGUUUUCUCCUUUCAUCAACACACAUACCGACCGUGUCAUGUCCAUCACAGGCACCCCAGAGAACAUUGGAAGCACCAUAGGUUCACUUGUGAGGACUUGGACAGGCAACAAUGACGACUCUUCAGCACAAUUUACUAUUCAAAUGAUUAUCCCGGAGCCCAUGGUCGCCAAAAUAGUGGGUUUCAAGGGUUAUGGACUGCGAAAAUUGCAUCGCAAGAGCGGAGCAGCUAUAGAGGCCAUCAAAGACGGACUCCCUGACUCAACAGACCGAUUAUUUACUGCGACAGGUGUCGCUGAUUCUCUUCAUCGAGCCGUCUACUUCACAUCUCUCAUCUUCCAAGAGUACACUGGUCUUUUGAAACGUUUUGAACAAGAGUCCAGUCCUUACGAACCGCGCGACAACAUUAAUCCUCUCCGAAGACGCAUCACAGGCACUUACAUACCCCCUGAUUCCCCUGCACAUUUUGUUAGUCGUAAAAAGAAAACGGCUGAAACUAAACACAAGCACACUAUGGAGGUCAUUGCCGGUUCUAGCCCCAAUCAGCCUAUGGUUGUUAGUGGGUCGCGUGAAGCUGUGUCUUCUGCAUGCACUAAAGUGGAAGAUUUACCCCAAGAGUCGAUUGAAACUCUUCCUUGCUCCCCUCCUCCUGAAACCGAGUACAAACUCGCAUCAAAGAGAUUCGAAUCGCCUCCUCCGUCCCCUCUACUGCUAGACACACCUGUUAAGUCUCAGAAGGAAGAAUGCAUUCUUGUCUGUCCACCCAGCCCUCCUCUUUCUAUCGACGACAAUGUCGUGACUAAGAGACUCAUGGUUACUUGCCCUAUGGUUGGUACAAUGUUGUCUCUUUCCGAGGAGCUACUAAAUCUCAUGCGUCAAAACUCUGGAGCUGCUAUCAGAGUCAAAGAGAUUGUGAGCCAUGAACAGAUACAACUAAUCAUCACAGGUACCAAAUCCCAGGUUUCGCGAGUCAUGGAAGAUCUCACACUUACCACACGAAACUCCUACCUCUUCACAAAGGCAAUUGAGCAAUCUGAGUGCGAGUAUCUUGAAGAGCAAGAUGCAUGA